CUCUGCUUGUCGCCCUCACUCGGUCGUGGUGCGUGCAGCUCAGAGACCGCUCUCCGGGAGUUUAAUCCAGUCCCUAGAACAUCAAGAGCCCCUCCCCUUUGAGUUUUUGGGGAGAAGAUGCCAUUAGCUCGAGGACUCGGUUCCUCCUGUGGUGCAGGAGAAGGAGCUUCAGCGGUGGGCGGAUUGCUACGGCCCUGCUCUUGUCUCCUUCCUAGUGGGCAUCAGAAGGCCAUCACAAGAUCUAGCAGCUGAUAGCUUCUUAUCUAUGUUGCCACCUAUGAGGUCUCCGAGUUUGUUUCUGCGCGUGGUUCAGUUCUCCUGGUUUUGAUUUUUAAGAGAACUCCCAUUUUCUGACACUCAGAAUUAUAGAAUUUAGGUAUUUUCACAGCGGCUUGCUUUGCGCCACUUCUCUACUUCGGACCAGUCUUGGGGGUACCUGCAGAAAAAUGCCUGGUGAUAAACAUUUUCUUCAGCUUGCUGGAAGGCAUUGAAGAAUGGCAAAACAAAUGAAUUAAUAGCUUUCUCAUUUUAAUUGUUUGACACAUUGUUUUAAAAUAAUAUUUUAUCUUCAAUAGAGCAUGUUUAUGUAGCUUCUAUUUAUGCAGAGAAAUGUAAAAAGGUACAUAUUCUUCUCUUGAGUUCUGGGUUUUUUUCCGUCUUAGAAAUUAGUUUUGCCUUAUUUGAAAACUACUCAUGACAACUUGGUUUAUACCUGUUAGCUACAAACUAAAGGUUUAUACUUGUUAACUAGAUGUCUUAAAAGUUUUCAAGCAAUUUAUUCUGAGGAGCUAACAGAAAUAAGUCAUCAAGAAUGUGCAUACUUGGAAUUCUGUUUCCUGAAAUUAUGCUCUGUUGGAUAUAAAUAUGAAUAGGAAAAUAAAUUUAUAAUUCAUAUGACCUACAGAAGGGAUUUGGGCUGUACUUGAUUCCUUCCUUUGGCAUUUAAAGAAAAAGUGAUAGACUUCAAUCUAGUAAUGACACACAAAAGAUACUGAGUUGCGUUCACCUUUUCCCAAUAAAUAAUUUAGUAUAACCUAUCAGGUGAAGUCAGGCAUAACUAAAUAUAGGGAAGUUCAAAUAAGAUUUGGGGCGUACCUGCCAUUUAUUGUAUCUGUUUAAACAAAUGGAAGCUCCAUUUGUUUUAAUACUGUGUUUCUCAUGACUAUACUAUAUAUUAAAAUAAAGUGUCAGUGAAACUGUACCAAUACAAGAGAGCUUUUUGAAAAAUAAAUUUGCAUGGCAGUAAACUUGUAUGCAGAAAUUUUGUAGAUCAUUAAAAUCUAAUCGUUUGUAUUUCUGUAGAAAUAAACAUAGUGAGAUUUUACAGAAUUACUAGAUAGUGCUAGAUCUAUUUUUUUAUCAAAUUUUUACUGUCAUUGAAUUCUGCCUUAUUUUCAGAGGAAGGUAAAUUCUUGUAUAUAUAUUAUAAUGCAGAAUUAGCUAUUUCCCUCAUGCCUAUUGAGAAUGUUUUGGGAGAUAACUCAGAAUCCUCAAAUAUUCUACGUACUAGAAUAUUUGGGUGGAUGAGAUAAUAGUUGGCAUUUAUUGAGCAUUUACUAUUGUUAGGCAUUGCAUUAGGUGAUUAUGUAUUAUCUCCAUUUUACAGGUGAGGAAAGUAAGAUAGAGGUAAACUAACAUGCCUGUUUCUUGCUUUGCCUGCCUGAAAAAUCUUUAUUGAUCUUUUGAAGGUCAUCCCACAAGCCAUCUCCUUUCUUCCUGGUUCACUGUCCCCUCUAUCCAUACCUUCAGUUCACUAGGUAGAAUCAGUUGCCUCCUGCUCCGUGUUACUGUUGUUCUUCAUUGAAUGCGUCUUCGCUACAGGUUCUUGCACAUCUUCCCUGCUUCUCAACAUUGCAGGGUCCCAUUAGUGUUAGCAUCUAGCGCCUUAGCUUUCAGUAUUAUCUGUAUGUUGAUGAUUCCCAGGUUUAUAUCCCUAGUCUGGCCCUCCCAUCUGAACUCAGUCUACUCCAUAUCAGUUAAUGGCAGUUCCGUCCUUUUAGUUGUUCAGGUCAAAAACCUUGAAGUUUUCUUGACUUGUCUCCUUCAUGUCUCAUGUAAGAUCUUUCAGUAAAUCUUGUCAGUUCUACUCUGAAAAUACAUCCAGGAUCUGACUGUUGUCAUGGCUAUUCCCAGGUCCUAUCCACCAUGAAUUUCUGCAGUAACCUAUUUGGUCUCCUUGCUUUUACGAUCCUGUUCUCCUUCAUUAUUUUUCACACAGUACCCAAACUGAUCAUGCCAUAUGUUUGCUUCAGAACCUUCCAGCAUCUUCCCAUUUCAACCAUGAUAAAAGUCAAAGUGAUCUUACAGUGUUCUACAAGGCCUUGUACGAUCUGGUUUCCAUGUAGGUUUUGGACCUCACUCCCUAUUUCUCUUCCCUCUCCUUGAACCCACCGGGAAUGCUCCCACCUUUGACCUUUUGUAUUUGUUUCUUCUUUGUGGAAUACUGUUUCAGAGAUAAUCUCCAUGGCUCACUCCCUCACUUCCUUUAGGUCUUUACUCAAAUGUUACCUUCUCAGGAGGCCUUCCCCAAUUACUCUGUUUAAAAUUACACCUCAACUCCAUCUUCCCCUUUCCCAAUCUUACCUUUCUUCAUAGCACUUACCAUGAUCUACAUAUCAUAUGUUUUACUUUUUUUUUUUUAUUUUCUUUAUCCCCCAAUUAGAAUGAAAGCUACUUGAGGACAGGCGAUUUUAUUCACUGUUUUGUUCAGUUGCUAGAUCCCCAAUAACUACAGUGCCUGUGGUGAGCACUCAUUAAACGUGUUGAAUGAAAGAAUAUGGCUUUGAAGCGUAUGUUGAAUUUCAAUGUGCCUCAUAUUAAAAACAGCACGGGAGAACCAGUAUGGAAGGUACUCAUUUAUGACAGAUUUGGCCAAGAUAUAAUCUCUCCUCUGCUAUCUGUGAAGGAGCUAAGAGACAUGGGAAUCACUCUGCAUCUGCUUUUACACUCUGAUCGAGAUCCUAUUCCAGAUGUUCCUGCAGUAUACUUUGUAAUGCCAACUGAAGAAAAUAUUGACAGAAUGUGCCAGGAUCUUCGAAAUCAACUAUAUGAAUCAUAUUAUUUAAAUUUUAUUUCUGCUAUUUCAAGAAGUAAACUGGAAGAUAUUGCAAAUGCAGCAUUAGCAGCUAGUGCAGUAACACAAGUAGCCAAGGUUUUUGACCAAUAUCUCAAUUUUAUUACUUUGGAAGAUGAUAUGUUUGUAUUAUGUAAUCAAAAUAAGGAGCUUGUUUCAUAUCGUGCCAUUAACAGGCCAGAUAUCACAGACACGGAAAUGGAAACUGUUAUGGACACUAUAGUUGACAGCCUCUUCUGCUUUUUUGUUACUCUGGGUGCUGUUCCUAUAAUCAGAUGUUCAAGAGGAACAGCAGCAGAAAUGGUAGCAGUGAAACUAGACAAGAAACUUCGAGAAAAUCUAAGAGAUGCAAGAAACAGUCUUUUUACAGGUGAUACACUUGGAGCUGGCCAAUUCAGCUUCCAGAGGCCCUUAUUAGUCCUUGUUGACAGAAACAUAGAUUUGGCAACUCCUUUACAUCAUACUUGGACAUAUCAAGCAUUGGUGCAUGAUGUACUGGAUUUCCAUUUAAACAGGGUUAAUUUGGAAGAAUCUUCAGGAGUGGAAAACUCUCCAGCUGGUGCUAGGCCAAAGAGAAAAAACAAGAAGUCUUAUGAUUUAACUCCGGUUGAUAAAUUUUGGCAAAAACAUAAAGGAAGUCCAUUCCCAGAAGUUGCAGAAUCAGUUCAGCAAGAACUAGAAUCUUACAGAGCACAGGAAGAUGAGGUCAAACGACUUAAAAGCAUUAUGGGACUAGAAGGGGAAGAUGAAGGAGCCAUAAGUAUGCUUUCUGACAAUACCGCUAAGCUAACAUCAGCUGUUAGUUCUUUGCCAGAACUCCUUGAGAAAAAAAGACUUAUUGAUCUCCAUACAAAUGUUGCCACUGCUGUUUUAGAACAUAUAAAGGCAAGAAAAUUGGAUGUAUAUUUUGAAUAUGAAGAAAAAAUAAUGAGCAAAACUACUCUGGAUAAAUCUCUUCUAGAUAUAAUAUCAGACCCUGAUGCAGGAACUCCAGAAGAUAAAAUGAGGUUGUUUCUUAUCUAUUAUAUAAGCACACAGCAAGCACCUUCUGAGGCUGAUUUGGAGCAAUAUAAAAAAGCUUUAACUGAUGCAGGAUGCAACCUUAAUCCUUUACAAUAUAUCAAACAGUGGAAGGCUUUUACCAAGAUGGCCUCAGCUCCUGCCAGCUAUGGCAGCACUACCACUAAACCAAUGGGUCUCUUAUCACGAGUCAUGAAUACAGGAUCACAGUUUGUGAUGGAAGGAGUGAAGAACCUGGUUUUGAAACAGCAAAAUCUACCUGUUACUCGUAUUUUGGACAAUCUUAUGGAAAUGAAGUCAAACCCUGAAACUGAUGACUAUAGAUAUUUUGAUCCCAAAAUGCUGCGGGGCAAUGACAGCUCAGUUCCCAGAAAUAAAAAUCCAUUUCAAGAGGCCAUUGUUUUUGUGGUGGGAGGAGGCAACUACAUUGAAUAUCAGAAUCUUGUUGACUACAUAAAGGGGAAACAAGGCAAACACAUUUUAUAUGGCUGCAGUGAGCUUUUUAAUGCUACACAGUUCAUAAAACAGUUGUCACAACUUGGACAAAAGUAACACAGAAGAACCUUACUAUGAUAAUCUACUUGGAUAAUCUACUUGGAAUGUGGAUAAAUGUAAAAAGAAAAGUUAGAAGAGCAAUAUGUUUCCUUCUCUGUAACAGUGUCCUAACAGUGAAAAUCAGAGUUAUUUGUUAAUUUUUAAGGAAAUUCUAUACUUAAUAUGUAUUGAUUAAAAGAAUAAAACAUUUCAGAAAUAAAA